AUGUCUACGAGAAUCAGACUUCGGCGCGCGAUCUUGCUGUUGACCACAGCCUACCUACUACCCCUUUCCGCCGCCCAAAACACAGGCCUAGACACCUGCACGUCCGUCCACAUCCUCCUCUCCCGCGGCUACAACGAGCCGUACCCCGGCCGCCAGGGCAAGCUCGUCCAGGCCAUCUGCUCGGGUCUCGGCAACAGCAGCUGCGACUACGAGGACAUCGUGUACAACAACGCCUUCGGCGCGGAGUACUGCGGCGCAGUGGUAGCGGGCCGGCGCGCGGGGGUUGCCCAGAUCACGGCGUAUAAUAGGAGGUGUCCGGACACGAAGCUGGUGCUCAGCGGAUAUUCGCAGGGCGCGCAUGUUUUGGGCGAUAUACUUGGUGGUGGUGGUGGUGGUGGAGGAGGGGGAGGGGAGGUGUUUAUGCAGGGGUGCACGACGCCCAAGGCUGCUGGGUUAGAGCGGGAUGCGGCCCCGGGGAGGAUGGUUGCCGCGGCCCUCCUGUUCGGCGAUAUCCGCCACACCGCUAACCAGCCGUACAACACGCUCGGGGGCGCGGGUAUUGAUGGCGUAUAUCCGCGAUCAGACGAACUGCUAAAGGGGCUGAAUAGCUUCGCCAGCGUAUUGAGGGAUUGGUGCGAGGAGGGCGAUCCGGUUUGUGCGUUUGGGGGUGGCAGGAAGACUUAUAAUGUCCAGAUGCACUUGAAUUAUUUCAAUCGCUACUCUGGUGAUGCGGCGGAUUGGGUUAAGUCGAUGUUCAAUCGGACCCGUGAGUCUACAUCACCCUUGUCGGCAACUCCUACUUCCAGUUCCACGGAAUCUCCUACCGGCCAAGGGAGCGGUGCCAUGGCUGUUGGAUGUUCCAGGAGUUUGGUUUUUGUAGCCGGGCUGAUACUGUUUCUUCGCUUUAACUGA